AUGUACCGACGCGUCGAAUUCGUCGCUUUUAGCGUUGCGCUGCUGGUGUUAUUCACUGGUCGCAGUGCGAACGCCAAAUACAAAAAUUAUGCUCCGGUUCUGGAGAAUCCGGACUACGGAUCUACGUGGAGCUUACUUGCCCCGGAUAGGAUGUUAACAAAUAACGGCGACAGCUUCCCUAUUUAUGCAGAUAGUAGUGAAGACUGGGAAAAAUCUACCUGCCGUCGCGAUUUACUCACCUUGGCAGAGGCGGUCGCACGUCGUGAAGUUUGGGCGCUUACGAUGUUGGAUGCUUCGUCGAAGCUGCAAUCGGGUCUGCUGCAAGGCAAUCUCGUCGAUCUUGGCCAAUACGACGAGUGCUCGGCUGUCCACUCAUCGAAUAACGGCAUCCGUGGACGUCACUGCAUGUAUUCGAUUAGCGCGACUCAGGGCAACUCUACGAUACCAAUAAACCCAACGCUGUCGAUCUGCCUUCCUGCAACGUGCUCAGCCGACAACAUAAUUGCGUUCUUCAACACGACCAUCUCGUGGAUCAACGAGAUAACGGAUCUCAAGCGCGAGAUCGCCUCGGCCACGUGCUCGGCUGUCGACACGGUUGUGUGGGACCCAGAAUUCAACGUCUGCCUGGCUAUUCUGGUGGGAUUCCUAACUUUUCUGACCGCUUGUACGGCAAUAGAGCUGACCCAGAAGAACUUGGUCGCUGGCGAGCGAAGGCAUCCCUUGAUCGGUGCUCUAGCCGCGUUUUCAUUGAAAAAGAGCGCUGCGUCAAUUCUCGAUAUGGACGUAAAGAAUGGAACGCUACCUGCUCUACACGGGAUACGCGUUCUCAGUAUGGCUUGGAUCGUUCUCGGCCACGAAUAUGUGCUCUCGAUUGGGGCCGCCAAUGUUAAUGCACUCGAUAUAUUGAAAUGGGUUCAAUCCUGGAAUUCCUUAUACAUUUUCAUCGCUCCGUUCGCCGUCGAUACCUUUUUCGCAAUGAGCGGUUUCUUGAUGACUUAUUUAUUCUUCAAGGAAAUGCCAAAGAAAAAGAGAUUUAACGUUCCAAUGUACUAUUUGCAUCGAUACGUUAGGUUGACUCCCCCUGUGAUAGCUUUGGUAGUUUUUGCAAUAGUAUUUGUGCCAAAACUUGGGUCGGGAGCUCAAUGGGACGCAACGCUGAACUUCAUUUUGGGCAGUUGUCGAACUAAAUGGUGGCCUCAGCUGGUGUAUUUGCAGAAUUUCGUAGAGAAGGAUAAAAUGUGCUUGGCACACUUGUGGUACUUGGCCGUGGACAUGCAACUCUUUUGGGUAUCGCCGCUGAUAUUAUAUCCUCUCUACAGAGCACCAAAGUUCGGUUUGAUAUUACUUUCUGCGCUGUUUUUUGCUUCUCUGGUGAUUCCGGCGACGGUUAUUGGUAUCAAGAAGCUACCCAUCGUUUCAUUUACCCACUCUCUUAAUACGACUAUCGUGAUGGAAAUUUUUCAUGAUAUUUAUGAAAUCCCUUACCAUCGAGCAACAGCAUGGUUAGUUGGCAUUUUCUGGGGUUAUGAAGUAGCAAUACACGACCGCCAACUUAAUAGAUGGAACGUCGUUGCCGGCUGGUUGACGGCGAUUGUAUCGUUUGCUUUCUGCGCGUUUGGCACGAGAUCUUUUAUGGAUCCUCAUUACGAAUACAACGCAGCAUGGGAAACUUUCUUCUCAGUAGUAAGUCGGCCACUCUGGGCCUUUGGAGUUUGCUGGAUUAUUUAUGCCAGUACAAAAAAUUGCGCAGGGCCUCUGUCAAGUCUUCUGUCAUUCAGAAUAUUCCUACCUCUUAGCAGGCUUUCAUAUUGUAUUUAUUUAGUUCAUUUUGUAUUACAAACAGUGCACGUUGCUUCGCUGAGGACGUCUUUGUAUUUUUCAGCUUAUUAUAUAUGGCGCUCUUUUUUCAGUACGCUAGUGAUUUCUAUUGUGAUUGCUUUUUUGUUCAGUCUGUUAUUCGAAUCGCCAAUAAUAGUUUUGGAAAAAAUGCUAAAACAAAGAUACCGGAAAUCUCGAUUUGAGUCACAAAGAGAACUGAUACCUAACGAUGAGGAAGAUUUAAAAGCUGAAAAAUAAAGACUGAACUUUCGAACCUCGAUAUGACUGUUUUUAAACUUCAUCUUAAUAUUAAGUUAUUUUACGUUGAACUAAAAACCUAGAAAAAUCUAGAUAAUACUGUAAUUAAGAAAUUAAAAAAUGAAAAUUAUUUUUAAAAUGUUAUAUGGAUAAUUGAUUAAUAUCUGCAAUUUGAAUUGCAAUUUCGUACUUCUAUGUCUGAUAGACAAACGUGUGUUAAAUAUAUUUUAUUAGUGUAAUUUUUAUGUUGAAACUACUAUUUCAAAUUUUGAGACUUGAUAUUUAA